AUGGCGACCAAUCAAUCCACCGAAGAGAUCACUACAGCGUCUGAGUCGAUUACUAGCGAGUCUUUUAACACCUCUAGUGUCAUUACCACUGAGAAUAGACACUCUGGAACCCUCUGUCAUGAACUCCAUCUACACAGUGAUAAUGUUCGUCCACUAGUGGGGUUGGAAUUGCCUGUAUAUGGCUCCGAUAUGACUAAAGUACUGGAGACUGUCAAUGGACUUUGGAAUUUACAGCAAGCACAUGAAACAAAGAGUCAGUUUUUACCAGUAAAAUUACGACCUAGUGAGCCAUCAUGCAAGCCCUUGUUUGCAGAUUUGACCAAGACUCAGAUGGUGGUGCUCAAGAUAAAGCGUUCACGGCCUAAACGAAGACGGAACGAGACGACGUUUGAAGAGAAAAAUGUGAAGUUUUCAGUUGAAGUGGUGGGGUUGGUAAAGGAGAAAUACGUGUGUGAAGGUAUGGCUGAUUUUCAAUACUUGACGGCUCGGUCAUUCUACCCAACGUCAAAGCCUGGUAAAGAUGCUCUUACGAUGGUAGCAGAUACAACGGAUGCAGUGGAUACACCCGUGAUGAAUAGUGCUGUAGUGGAGAAUGGUCCUUUGUCCAGGCCAUCGUUGCGACAACGAGAAUUGCAAGACUGUUUGCGACCGUAUUUGGCUGUGGAGAAUGAAACGCAGUUGGAACUUAUCCCGGAAGUGUUUUCAAAGGUGGACUUGCCAUUGAAGUAUGAAUUCCGCCAAAAGUCAGGGUACCAACCGACAGCAGUAGCAAAAAAGCCUUCCACUACUAUGACAUACUUGAAUUUUCGUGACGAUACGCCAGCGCCUGCCGGACCUAAGCCUGAUCAGCCUGUGGUGCGUCGAAGGUCCGUCGGAGUGGAUGAUAAUGGUGUCGAUGCUCAUGUGAUGGAGGUGCUGAAGGGUAAGUUAGAACAAAAACCGGUAUGGCUUCGUUCCAAGCUGUUUGAUGGAUUAGACGGGUUCGAGCGCCGAGCGGCAAGACGUCUACUGCGAAAGCUUUGUUAUGUCUUUGUUGAUGGGCCCUGGAGAGGUUCAUGGAUCAAGAUGGGCUACGAUCCACGAUUGCCCGAAGUAUCGGAAACGGCGUCAUGUUAUCAGGUCGUGGAACUGCGAAAUAACCGGGAGCUUGUACACUCCAAGGUAACCCAUGCUACGAGAAAACGUACCACAAAGUUUAUUGGCGCUAGUUCAGGACAUGCCAAUGGGGAAGGCGGGUACGUCAAGGGUCCGCGAAUCGUCAAAGUGACCCAAACCUCGGCCCUUGAAAACGCGCAGAUCAGCAAGCGUCGUCGGAAAGAACGAUUUAUGCGAGGCGAAACACGGCGGUCUUACCUUGUGAAGCCUGCAAUACCCGUGACUACUUCUUCUGCUGCUCCUACAGUGGCUUCACCGCCGCGAGCUAGUCCCAUGUCAUCGACGGUAGAUUCAGGGAAUGACUGGGAUUCUGAGGACGAACAGGAGGAUAAGGAGUCUGAUACAGCAGACAAUGCAAAUGGGACUAGCAAAACUACUACAUCAGGAGGCAGCGUAAAGGUUUUUGAGAUUUUUGGAGUGCAGUUGACAAGCGCAAAUGUUUUGUUUCAGCUCGAGGAAAUUGACGAUGAUGAAGUGCGCGAAUGGAUUGCUCAGUUCGCAAAACAGUCGGAGCCGUCACUGCUCGGUGGGUGGUAUCCAGCGCAGAUGUUCUUGCCAUUGCGUGAAAUCAUUCGGCUACGCAUCGCGGCAUUGGUGGGUCGCUCUAAAGCUGAACUUGAAACAAGACGUAAACGUCUCGAUGCACUUAAGAAGCAGGCACUUCAUGACUACGCGGAGUCAAGCAACCAGCAAAAGUCCAACACAAUUGAAAACGUAUCGGUGUCAACAACAGGCAGCACUAGUGCCGAAGCAGCAGCAGAUGAUAAUGAUGAUGACGAGCUGGCGUUUGAGCGAUCUCUUAUUCACGAUCGAAACGCAAUGUCCAACGUGGAAAAGUUAUCAGCAGGUGCUGAAGUAGAAAAGGGUGAAGAAGACGAGGAGGAAGAGGAUUUGGACUUGCAGGAUGAUGAAGAUGGCAACGAGGAUCGUACCAUUGGUCGUUCUUGUGCUACAUUCGACCAAGAUGAGAAUAUGGAUGAAGAUGAUGAAGAAGAAGAGGAAGAAGAAGAAGAAGAAGAGCAAAUAGAAGAUGUUACGUCGGACAAGCAACAGGAAGAGCAAAUGGUACCCAUUUCUAUUGACGCGACAUUGGAAUCGACCGAAUAUUCCUUUUAA